CUAUUCCUGGUGGAACGACAGAGAAGAAAACGCGCAAUACUUUUGGGCCGGAAAUAACACGGACGGAGUUCACACCUGCCAGUGCGGAAUUGAUGGAAACUGUGUCGAUUCUGCAGUGAAAUGCAACUGCGACACGAUUUCACCAAUUCAAUUAGUCGACGACGGUGUCAUUACCGACAAAAAUGUUCUGCCCGUCACUCGUUUGAAUUUCGGACGAACUCAACUGGAAACUUCAUCCGGCGUCCACACGCUGGGCAGACUCGUGUGCACCGGUUUAGUGACUUUCAGUGGACUGCCAAAGUCGUGCCAGGAUUUGUGGUUAAUUGGCCACACCUUAAGCGGAUUUUAUUCCGUCAUGGGAUCGGCGAUGAUGGAAUCAAUUUACUGCGAUUUCACUAAACUCCCUGACGAUGCGGGUUUCCAGAAAUGGAUCGGAUACGCCGACGUUAAAUCGGCGCCCGUUUAUUUCUACGUCCAGAGAAAUUCUUCAUUUUUCACAGAAAACACUCCGAUUCCGUUCGAUUUGGCGCGGGUGAACGAGGGAAAUGGCAUGGAUUUGACAUCGGGAAUAUUCACGGCACCGCGACCGGGAAUUUAUUUUUUCUCUUUCGCGGCAGUGGCGCAUCUUGAAUAUUCAUCUGGUUGCUGGUUUACUUCUACUCUUAUUUUGAACGGAAAUCUAAUCGGGCAGAGUCAUGUUCAGAGUAACAGCAACGUUAAUCAAAUGAGUCCGUUGACCCUCCAGUCGACGCUGAACUUGCAAAAAGGCGAUCGAGUCUGGGUGCAUAUGGAUUAUUGUGGUUCAUCCUCGUAUUUGUAUGACGUCGGUGCCCACUUGACCCAUUUCACCGGUUUCAUGUUGGAGGAGGAAAUUGUGGCGUACCUUUGAGGUUCAACAUCCAAAAUGCGCAAAAUGAACGUCGACACGAGAUUUAGGGGAGGGGAAUUUUAAGGGGGAAGGGUAAUAAACUAAUUCGUGUCCAAUUCAUUAAGGAAUGGGCAUAUCGUUACCAAUAAUUAAACUGUGAAUGAAAUUACACUUAGUGAAUACACGCAAGCCAAGUUUCAACAUUCUAUCUGCAAAACUCUAGACGUUAUGAACAAAAAAACAAUUUUGAUAUCCAGAUUGAC